GCUGCCUGGGGUGGCCCCGGGAUGGGGUGGGGGGAGAUGUUGAGCUGCGCGGCGAGAUCGGGAUGAUUAACCCGGCCUCUGGACGCCCAGAAAUCAGUAGGAUUGCCAGAGGGUGGAUUUCCGGGGGAAGGGGUCUCCAGGUUUCAUGAACCCCUCCAGAAAGCACUGGAGACCCUGUGCCCAGAUAAAGUGAAGGGCUUGGAUCUAGGGACAGAGGGGUGCUGUCAGGACGUCUGGGGCUCGGGCCGUUGUCCCUGGGCCUCUGAGGCGGGGACACUGAAUGGGGGCCCCUGACAUCUGCUGUAGGCCGUGCGCCUGAGAUUUCACGCGGUUCUGGGGGGCCCAGUGCUCUGCAAAGGUUGAAAAAUCCCCCGCCCUGGUGUUUCAUCUUUGCUAAGUACUCUGAUAUCACAGCUGGGAGGGCUGUCCCUCGGGGAGUUGAGGGGAAGGAGUUGGAGGGCUCCUGAGGGUCUGCGCUGGUGCCUCGGCCCUGGGGGUGGCUGUGUCCCCCUCCGAUGCUGAGCCCCAGGUGCCCAUUGUACACUGAGGCCUUGCCUGUCUCUGUGGUCGCUUUCCCGCUCAACACUGAUGGUGAGAAAGCCGCUGUCUGUCGAGUGCACACCUGGUGGCAGACUGCUGGCUUCUCCAGAGACGCCCACACGUCUCCUCUCCUCCUCCUCACCCCAGUCCCGGGGAGCCCUGGUGUCUCCUCUCCUCACUCCAGUCCUGGGGCAUCCUGGUGCCGUCUCAUCUCACUCCAGUCCUGGGGUGCCCUGGUGCUGUCUCAUCUCCUCACCCCAGUCCUGGGGAGCCCUGGCAUCUCCUGUCCUCACCUCAGUCCCGGGGUGCCCUGGUGUCUCCUCUCCUCCUCCUCACCCCAGUCUCGGGAGCCCUGGUGUCUUCCCGUGUGGAGAGGGCCGCGUGAUUGUCAUCUGGCCCCUGCCACGCCUCUGAUCUCAUCCUCACUUUGCCCCUUUCCCUCAUUCACGGGCUGCUGGCCACACCAACCUCCUGGCUUUUCUUUGAACAUCGUGUUGGCCUGUGCCUGGCUGUGCCCAUGCACCCCUGGCCCUCUCCCCUGGGUAUCCAUGGGUCCCCCUCUGUGCCUGUGCACCCCUGGCCCUCUCCCCUGGGAUCCGUGGGUCCCCCUCUGUGCCUGGCACCCCUGGCCCUCUCCUCCGGGAUCCGUGGGUCCCCCUCUGUGCCCGUGCACCCCUGGCCCUCUCCCCUGGGUAUCCGUGGGUCCCCCUCCGUGCCUGGCACCCCUGGCCCUCUCCCCUGGGUAUCUGUGGGUCCCCCUCUGUGCCCAGCAUCCCCUGGCCCUCUCCCCUGGGUAUCCGUGGGUCCCCCUCUGUGCCCAGCAUCCCCUGGCCCUCUCCCCCGGGAUCCGUGGGUCCCCCUCUGUGCCCAGCAUCCCCUGGCCCUCUCCUCCGGGAUCUGUGGGUCCCCCUCUGUGCCUGGCACCCCUGGCCCUCUCCUCCGGAAUCUGUGGGUCCCCCUCCAUGCCUGGCCCCCCUGGUCCUCUCCCCUGGGUAUCCAUGGGUCCUCCUCUGUGCCCAGCAUACCCUGGCCCUCCUCCGGGAUCCGUGGGUCCCCCUCUGUGCCCGGCAUCCCCUGGCCCUCCUCCGGGAUCCGUGGGCCCCCCCAGGCCUCUGCGCAGAACAUCGUUCCUGCCCCUCGCCCACUUGGCAUUGCCGCACAGCUGCCGCCCCGCGGAGGGCAGGGAUGCUCCCUGUUGCCUCCCCAGCUCCGGGGUGGCACUCGUGGUACGGAUAAGCACUGUGGCUCGGAGGGAGGCCGAGGAGCUCGCCCGCCUGCACGGCAGAAGCUGGACAGGCGCGCGAGCUGUGGGAGCCCCCAUUCUGAACCAGCGCCCGGGGUCCGAGCUCAGCUCUGUGGAAUGAGCGUCCGUUCAUAGCAGCUGUGUUGGACAAGAGCCGAUGCCCAGGCUCGUGGCAGCUAACGAGCUGACAUGGGAACGGCUGAGUGUGUCACAGACAGCCCUGGCCACGCCCUCGCCUGGAGCGCUCUCCCCAGGGCCGCGCCCGCCUGCCCUGCCCAGGGCUGUCUGCUCAUCUGGCCUGGCUCCCCUCCGCAAGUGCCUGCUGAGUGAAUGAGUGACGGUAAUUCUGACCACGAUUCUCCUCGGCAGUCCUGUUUGUAUAGCGCCAGCACAUCUUGGGCUUGGGACCAUGUGGGCACAGGUGUAAGUGCUGUCAUGUAUAUCGCCCGAUUUAGUCCUUGUGACAGCUCUGGGAGGGAUGGGCCACAAUUAUACCCAUUUUCUGGAUGGGGAAGUCGAGGCACAGAGAGGGGAAGUUGUUUUCCCAAGCUGUCACAGCUGGCCAAUGGUGGCCGCAGGCUGUGAAUCCUGGCCUUUCCGCUCCAGGGAGGGCCUGGGCUCCCAGCCCUUCUGGGUGUCCGUCUCACCCCCUU